AUGAUAGUUGUUAUAUGUGCAAGAAUCGUUCGCAGUUCCAGGUCUCUUUUGGUUUUACUGAAAGGGUCUGUCUUCAAGGCCCGAGGCAUCCUACAGCAGGAUCUAGUGCUUGGAAUGAUUGUCACUGUAAGAGAAAGCGAGCGGGAACCGGACGCCCUCAAGCAGCGACAAGGGCCUUUCACGACCUUGCCUUCUGUCCGCCGCAACCAAACAGACUUUAGUCCUGAAGUUCAUCCGGUGAAGCAAGCGCCCUCAGCCGCCGAUCAGCCAGAGCACAACCAGGUCAGCCCUGCGGAGGACCCAUGGAAGCUAGAGCAAGACAGAAGGAAGGCGGCCGUAAUAAGGGGGUGCGCCGGCUGGAGGGAAGCUGUGUCAGAUUACACGCCUUCCUCUUGGCAAGAGAUGACGUCCCUCCUGGUGGACGACGAGCACAAGGCGAUCUACUGCUACGUGCCGAAGGUUGCCUGUACGAACUGGAAGAGGAUUUGGAUGAUCCUGACGGGGUUGACCGAGGCGAAGGAGCCGAUGGAAAUCUACAGCGGCGCCCCCCACCAAGUGCAUAACAAAAUGAGAUUCGUGACCCAGAAGCUAACUAGAAGCCAAAUUCAAAAGAAGCUGGAGACCUACACCAAGAUGAUCGUCGUGCGCCACCCAUUCGAGCGACUCCUCUCAGCCUAUCUUGAUAAAUUUGUUGUAUCUGGCAACUCCUACUACAUGAAGAAUUUCGCACGCCCGAUCAUGAAGAAAUUCCGUGGAAAUGACAGCCAAGUGCCGGAGACAGGGGACGGAUUGACUUUCGGGGAGUUCGUCAGAUACGUCAGCAGCUUGAAGAAAUACAGUUAUUUCGACGAGCACUGGAAACCGGCCUCGGAACUCUGCUAUCCGUGUGCCAUCCGCUAUGACGUCAUUGUCAAGUAUGAGACACUCAUCGAAGAUUCCGAAAGGUUCCUCCGCCUGAUAGGAGCUCCUGCAGACCUACACUUUCCACCCGCUAACCCAAGCAACACCUCCAGAGUCCUGAAGAAAUAUUUCGCAGACAUCCCAAGAAAACAACAGGAAGAUCUCUUCUGGGUUUACAAGAAAGACUUCAGGAUCUUCGAGUACGACGCCUUAUAGGCAAAAUUUCUAUACAAUGUAUAUAUAUGAAAACAUAUACAUAUACAUAU